CUGAGGGUUUCAUCGCUACGACCAUGCUACACGUACAGGCGCUGAUUCCAGUUGCUCUAUCGACUCUAUUUCGCAUCUCUGCCUACCUUUUUUUGCAGGUGAUUCCGUCGCCAAUACUUGCAAUUGUCCUGCCAAUUGCCUUUUCAGCAUGGAUCAUUGCCCUAUGGAUGCUGCCAUCUCCUUCAGAGCGCAAGGAAGAAAGCGACGGCAAGGCUCAUCCAACUCGUACAGCAACAGUAGCUCCUUUCCAUUAUCACUCAUUUGGAAGGCUUAUCGAGGCGCAGGUAUACGUUGAGAGCGAAGACAUUGUGCUAAACAUCCUUUUGUCGCUUCCAUCGUCAUCCCGUCGAGUUCGUUGGGUCACCAACGCAAUCAACAUCGCCCUUUUUCUUGCCGCUGCAGAAUUCCUUUGCACCCCAUUUUUAGAUUCCGCCUCAGACAUCAUCUUCACUCGUGUCGGUGCUGUUUAUCCAGACAAUGUCAAAAUUGUUGCUCGUUACCCGCCUAUAGACGAUAUAACACAAUCCAUACGCAUCAUAUGGAGAGAGGCACCAAAGUCCGGGGCUCAAGAAAUAUCUUGGCAUGACGGACCCUUAUUUAAUUUUGAUGAAAAUCGUGACUGGGUAGAUGUCGUCAGGAUUAAAGGACUCUGGCCUAAUAGCCAUUAUGAAUACUCGCUUGCAACAACUAAUGGAACGCUGCUGCCCUACCCCUCUACACCUAUCAAAUUUCAUACUUUCCCCGACCCUCGCCUCCCCAGCGGAAACAAAUUCAGUUUCUUGGUGUCGUCAUGUAUGACCACGAAUUUUCCUUAUCUCCCGUUUCAAGGACGACGAAUCAAAGGUUAUGACUUACUCAGCAACCUUCUGUAUCCGAAGGAUUCUGCCUAUAAUUCUACCACUGACACAGAUGUCGCUGCAAGUAAGACCCUAACUAAAGAGAGAUCUAUGCUGCCAGAGUUCCUGCUUUUCCUUGGCGAUUUUAUCUAUGCCGACGUUCCGAUCUACACUGGAAGCACCCUGGAGGACUACCGCAGACUAUAUCGCAGAAAUUAUCAGAGCAGCAGUUUUAGAAAAAUUUAUGAGCGUUUGCCAAUUUUUCAUGCAUACGAUGAUCAUGAGAUUAUUAAUAACUACGCCGGCGACGGGGACGACCUCAAGCCACCUUUUCCCAAUGCCUCAGACGCCUUUGAAAUCUACAACGCAAACCCAAAUUAUGAUUCGAUCCAUGAAAGUCACUAUUACUACGAUUUUCGCUAUGGUGAUUCUGCUUUCUUCGUCAUGGACACACGCCGCUAUCGAUCUUCUGCAACCGAUGAUUUAAGUGCGCGCGUGAUGCUCGGUGAUGCUCAACUAGCUGCCUUCUAUAACUGGCUUUCGAGGGCCAAUGAUACGGCCGUCUUUAAGUUUGUAGUGACGUCGGUCCCAUUUACCACGCUUUGGGGUCACGACGCGGCUACGGACUCUUGGGCUGGUUUCCCUGCUGAAAGGACCUCUUUAUUGCAAGCGAUGCACUCCGUGCCGAAUGUGAUAAUCCUGUCUGGGGAUCGUCACGAGUUUGCUGCCAUCGAAUACAAUCACGACAGUCUUCAUACCGUGCGAGAAUUCUCUACAAGUCCUCUCAGCAUGUUCUACAUUCCUCUUUAUAGAACACUGAAAAUGCAAGGGGCAGAAGUUGUGACUAGGAUUAAACACAGACUGAAUAUGACCAACGAGGGACCGGAAUAUAUCACAGUGGAAGAACAGAUUCCUGCGGAGAAUGUAUUCAAAUACAUUCCCUCCGGCAACUAUAAAUGGUCCACCAUUGAUGUUGACACUACGGACUUGGAAAUGCCGGUUUUACGCCUUAAACUUACUGUCGAUGGCAAAACUGCGUAUAGUUACACUUUAAACGGAACGCCGAUAAAAUUACACACAUCCACGGCUCUGGGCGUAUUUGUCUCAACAGGUAUCAAGGACAUGUUCAAUAAAAUCGGUAUACAUCCAAGCAAAUGGUUCUAAUAAAAUACACUAUCCACUUUGCUUCCACUCCGGGUCCGUUGAUCGUCGCGCCGAUCGGUUAAGCGAAAACUGUUGCUGGAUAAUAGCAUAAUGCCUCAUUUCGGCUUCACUAACGCUGGGAACCAGAUGAUUGAGAGCAAGCGUAAAAUCAUCUUCUGUUACAAUAACGUUGACCUCCUCUUGGGACGCAACUUCUGCCAAAUAAUAUUGG